AUGGCGACUGUUGGAGAGGUCUUUCAAACGAGCAGCAUCGUGAGCGUCGUGCUCUUCCUGAAGUACUUCAUCACGAACCUCCGCUGGGGGCUCUUGAAGGGGAAGGCCAACAUGCGAGCAAAGGAGGAUUUCAACAACAACCCGGACGCAACGCAGGAGGAUGUCGACAGGGCAACAGCUGCAGGCCGUAUCGUCCAGAAUGACAUUGAGAACAUCCCCUUCGGAUUGGUCUUCAUCUGGGGCGCAGCUCUGUGCAUCCUCGGUGUCCGCAGCUCUAUGAAAGACGCAUCAUCGAUGUGCACGGCACACAUCAUCCUGUCGGGCAUCUUCGCCACGGCGCGUGUGGCCCACUCGAUUGUCUACAUCCUGGGCUUUGCUCUGCCUAGGGGUGGUAUCUUCGUGCUUGGCACCUCGUCCCUGUUCGGCUUGGGAAUCCUUGGCAUCAUUGCAGCUUUCGAGAUCACGAUAUGA